GGUAGCUUGGAUCGGGAGUGUUUCCUGCUUCCUGUCGGUGUUCUGUUAGAACCAGAACAGAACCAGUAGAACCAGUAGAACCAGCGGGUUAGAGAGGAUCUCUGGUCCUGUUGCUGGUUAUAGAUCAGACCCAGUGUAGCAGGUUAGAGUCAGCGUCAGGAGAGAGACAGAGAGGAAGAGGUCAGAGGGUUCGAGAUGGCUAAGACCUACGACUACCUGUUCAAGCUGCUGCUGAUCGGAGACAGCGGCGUGGGCAAGACCUGCCUGCUGUUCAGGUUCAGCGAGGACGCCUUCAACACCACCUUCAUCUCCACCUAUGGAAUCGACUUUAAAAUCAGAACGAUCGAACUGGACGGGAAGAAAAUCAAACUUCAGAUCUGGGACACGGCGGGUCAGGAGCGGUUCAGGACGAUCACGACGGCCUAUUACAGAGGAGCCAUGGGCAUCAUGCUGGUUUAUGACAUCACCAACGAGAAGUCCUUCGAUAACAUCAGGAACUGGAUACGCAACAUCGAGGAGCACGCGUCUUCAGACGUGGAGAGAAUGGUUCUGGGAAACAAAUGUGACAUGAACGACAAGAGACAAGUGUCCAAGGAGAGAGGAGAGAAGCUGGCGAUCGAUUACGGCAUCAAGUUUCUGGAAACCAGCGCUAAGUCGAGCAUCAACGUGGAAGAGGGCUUCUUUACACUCGGCAGAGACAUCAUGACCAGACUCAACAGAAAGAUGAACGACAACAACCCGUCAGGUGGAGGCGGGCCGGUUAAAAUCACAGAGUCUCGCUCCAAAAAGAGCUUCUUCAGGUGUUCGCUGCUGUAGCUGCUCAGACCUCCUCCUCUUCCUCCUCCUCCUCCUCAUCCUCCUCCUCAUCCUCCUCCUCUUCGUCGUGGUCUUCUGGCUGAUGCAGGACGGAGCGCCGCUCUCUUCUUCUCCUCCUCCUCCUCCCGGUUUUAACUCUGCCGUUGCUUCAGCAGGUGAAGAAGACUCGGCAGCACGAUGAAGGUGUUUCUAAAGAAAGAGAGUGGAAGUGAUGAUGAUGAUGAUAACGAUGAAGAGCAGAGGACAUUUUUUUUUUUUUUUUUUUAUCUUUUUACCAAAGCUAUGAAGUCGUGGCGAUGUCUCACUCUGAUGUGUUUUCAUAUUAACGUUUCAUCAUCAUUUAAUGCUGCAGCAGAAAACACAGUUUAUUACAAACUAAAACUUUAUGACCAAAGACUGAAGAUUAACGUCGGAAACAUUUCACGUUAUAAUCGACGGAGGUGAUUGUUACGGUUUUAUAUAUAUAUAGUUAGAAUCAGUCAGGUUAUUGACACAUUUAAAGAGACGUUUGUAUUUGUGAGAACGGAGAGGAAACAUGCUCCGUUACAUCAACUAAUUUGAGCUUCAAAAUUAAUCAAAUUAAUAACUUUUUAAAUAAAGUUUUUACUAUCGCAGAGUUAAUCAUACGUCUGCAUGAGUUAACAGAAUAUAAUAUAAAAAGAUUAACUCAUUAAUAAAUUGAUUUAAUCGUUAACGUUUCAUCAUUUCAGAAUUUAACUCAAAAGAACUAAUAGAAUCGUUUCAUGUUGCAUCGUUUAAAUUCACUUUUUAAAUGUGUCAAUAAAUCAAAUCAUCAAUAAUGAAUCACUGAAUUGAUUCUGUUCCUUUUCGACUCAGAAAACAAACUAAUAUUAGUUAUCUCUGAUAAUAAUCACGUUUAUUGAUCUGCUGCACUUGGUUAGUUAAACGUCUCUUCAGUCGUCUCCGUUUGUCUCCGAUGUUGAGUAUUACAAGUAUUACAAGUAUUACAAGUAUUACAAGUCUUAAAGCUGCUCAUGAAGGAACUGAAUCACGGAACGGUUUUAAACUAAAGUGAUAAAAAUGAAACGUUAAAAUCUGACCAAUCAUUAAUCAGACUGUGAGGCGUUCACUGUCUCCUGUAAAACACAGCAUCUGUGAGCUCCCGUUUGUGUUUUUAAUCAAAGAUCUGAAGUUAUCGAUGCUUUUCUAUAUUUUGUAUUUCUUCUCGUUUCUUUAACGCCGACGAGUCGACGUGAUUUUAUUUUUUAACAUUCAGGUGAAUUUUUUUAUCCAACUGCUUGUUUGAAUUCUUAUUUUUGUAUAAAUCUUAAAAAAGAGUUUUAUUCAGAGUUCAGUCGGUUUUAUGACUUUAAUCUUUUACAGUUUCAUUUCUCUCAUUUAUAAAUUACACUUAAAGCAAAAUAAAUACAGAAUUAUAUUUUCUUUUUAAAUCUUUAAAUAAUAAAUUAAUAAUUGACCUAUAAAAUAAAAUGAUUAAAUGUUUCGGGAACAAACGAGACAUAAAUAAUUAAU